AUGGGAUUUAAAAGCUUAUUGAAAUUGGAAGUUGAUGAGUUGCCUUCAUCACUUGGUUUAUUUGUUGUUAAAAGCUUUGAUAUAGAUAAAAAGGUACUAAAAGUUAUAAAUGGAGAAAUUAAGGUUGACAGACAAAGUGUGAAUGAGAUGCUUGGAAUUCCAAUCGGUGACCAAAAAGUGGAAGACCUUAGUUUUCGACCUGCAGAAGAUGAGUGUUACAGCAAAUGGAUAUCCCAAUUUCAUAAAGCAGAAAACAUUAGAUUGAAUGAUAUCACAAAUGCAAUUAUAUCAUCAAAAGAGGCUGAUUUCAACUUCAAACUCAAUUUCAUUGUUCUGUUUUGCAACACUCUAGUUGAAAGUACACCUGCAGGUAAAAUCAAUCAGAAUAUAUUAAAGAAGAUUUCAAGCACCACAGAUUUUUCAAAAAUUGACUGGUGUAGUUACACAAUUGACUCAUUGAUUAAUAACACAAGGUCAUAUGUAUCACACAAUUGUAAAGGGUACUUCUAUGGUCCACUGACAUACUUGCUGCUAUUAUAUGUUGACCAUGUUCAAUUCGAUGAAGAAAAUGAUUUACGAUUACGUCCAACAAUAAAAAAUUGGGAUUCUAUCAAAAUGAAAAAACGAGAAACUAGCGAAAUGAAAGUUGGAAUGUUUGGAACAGGAAAAAUUCUUGAAAGAUUGCAAAAUAUAACAGAUAAAAAGAUUGAGGAUUAUUUGUCAACUUUGACAAAAACUUUUGAAAGUCUUUGUAAGAAGAAAAGUAAGUUAAUAUCAACAUUUGAAGAAGCAAAAGAAAAUUUUCAGCAAAAUGAAGAUUUAAAAAAAUGGGAAAAAGUGUUAUAUGAAUUUGAUUUAGUUAAAAAAGAUAGAGUGCAACACAAAUUUUACAAUAUAGAUGGAGAACCUGACAAUUUGGAAAUUACUCAAAAAGUUCAAACAACUUUGGAAAAUCAACAUCUUCCAAAAGCAUGUGUUCAAGUCGAGCAUAUCAUUGAAGGAGAAAGACUUCGUAAACUUCUGAAUGAUUUGAGACAAUCAAAUUACAGUGAGCAAGAUAUCAUUUCGAUUCUUAAUAUCACCAAAGAACAACUUAAGGAAUUUGAUGACUUCUUUCAUAAAUCAAAAGAAAUCCCAAAGAAUAUGUCAGAAAAAGGAAUUGGUGAAGAAGAAAAUAAGGAAGAUAAUGAGGUCGAUAACAAAGAGCAUGUGGAUUACACAGAUGAGGUCCAUAAGACAGAGGAAGGAAGAUCUAGAAAAACUUCUAAAAUGAUCAGAACUAGAAAAACUUCUGAAAGGAUCACUGAGAGCAAGUUAAAAAAAAUUGUAAUAGAAAAAAAAGGAAUAUGA